UCUACCACUCCAUCAAUAACAUGACAUGACACAACCCACCACCAACCAACCAUGGCCGCAACAACCGACCUCCUCAUAAUCGGCGCCGGCCCCGCAGGCCUAAUGGCCGCAUCCUGGGCAACCCAAUACCCCAACAUGACGACGCGAAUCAUCGACAAACGGCCCGGUCGAACACCCACGGGACACGCGGACGGACUCCAAAGUCGGAGUUUGGAGAUCCUGGAGAGUUUUGGGAUGGUGGAUGCGAUUGUGCAGAAAGGUGUGCGGCAUGCGGAGAUGUGUUAUUGGGAAUCAAUACACGGGGGGAUUGAGAGGGAGAAGAGGAGUCGGGCGAGGGUGGGGGAUGGGGAGAGGUUUAAUAUGGUGUUGUUGAAUCAGGGGGUGGUGGAGCAGACGGUUUUGGAUUUUUUGAGGAAUGGGGGAGGGGGAAAGGUGGAGGUGGAGUAUGGGGUUAGGGCUGAGGGGUUGGUGGUGAGGGAUGGGGAUGAGUAUCCGGUUGAGGUUGGGGUGAGGAGAGUUGGGGAGGAUGGGGUCAAUGGUGAGAUGGAGGUCAUUCGGGCACGAUAUAUCAUCGGGUGUGAUGGUGCACAUAGCUGGACUCGAGAGCAGCUGAAGGUGCCGGUUCGGGUCUGCUCGGGGGAUUCCACUUGGGGGGUUGUUGAUAUUGUCCCGAUUAGUGAUUUUCCGGACAUUCGUCAAUCCUGUGCGAUACAUUCCGGAGAUUAUGGAAGCAUCAUGACUGCGCCUAGGGAGAAUCGGCUCGUCCGGUUUUACACGUAUCCCAAAGGUGAUGGGAAACUCAAUGUCGAAUGGAGGGAUCGGUCGGAGGUCUCUCUCGAUGAUUUGGUGGAUUCCAUACGAAACGCGAUGAGGCCCUAUAAGUUGACGUAUAAGCACUGCAAUUGGUGGUCGAUUUAUAAGAUAGGGCAGCGGUUGGUUGAGACGUACAGACCACACGAUAGGGUUUUCCUGGCUGGUGAUGCAGCACAUACUCAUUCUCCCAAAGCAGGUCAGGGGAUGAAUGUAUCCAUGCAGGAUACGUAUAACCUGGUGUGGAAGAUAGGAUCAGUCAUCACAGGGACAGCUGCCCCAAGGAUUCUCGACACAUACGAUCUGGAACGACGGCCAGUUGGAGAGGAACUGCUGAGGCUGGAUACCGAGCUGGUAGAGGCAUAUGAACAAGACACAACCACCACAGAAGGGGUGGAACGUGUUCGUGGAAAGUACGUGGAUUUCAUGACGGGGGUGGGAAUCGCCUAUGGUCCGAAUGACCUGAUUACUGGCGAUGAUGGAAAUCAAUCGAUCGCCAGGAAUAUCGAGGUUGGCGUGCGCCUGGCAUCAUAUCCAGUUGUAGCCCAAGCCGAUGGAGUGUGUUUGCAGCUUGCAGGCAGAUUCACGAGCAAUGGUGCUUGGAGGCUGUUGGUAUUCCCUGGCGACUUGCGUCAACCUCACAAUCAGAGAAAUCUGGAUAGCUUUGCCGGCAAGUUCAGCAAUCAGCCUCAUCUGUCACGAUGGCAGAAAGCGCGAGGGUCAGGCCGAUGUUGUCCCCUAGAAAGUAUCCUGGUGCAUUCCAGCCCGAGGACGUCGAUCAACCUCUUGGAUUUGCCGGAUAUGUUUCACCCAUUCGAUGAAAUAUGGGGCUGGGAUUACUCCAGGGUGUUUGCUGACGAUGGAUCAGAGGGCUGGGAUUUAGGCCAUGUCUAUGACGGAUACGGCAUUGAAAGAGAUACCGGAUGUUUGGUUCUCUGUCGUCCUGAUCAGCAUGUUGCGUGGAUAGGUAGCAUGGAGGAGGUGGAAACAUUAGAACAUUUCUUUGCUCGAAUAUCACAAUGA